GCCAAUUUCUGGGCUGUUCCGAGCGCAGGCAUUUGGGCGCGCGGUCCUCUGCCCGCGACUCCCCACUCUCUGCAGGCAGGUCCUUGGAGCCCGCACGUCCUCGGUAGUCGCAGGAGAGGCAGCUGCGGGUCGGCCGAGGCCCGGGUCCCCCCAACGGCGGAUCCCGGAGCGCAGGGCGCGGCCGAGCGCGCACCCCCAGUGCGCUCAGAGACGCCCCCACAGCCCCGCCCGUCGCCCCGCAGCCCCGCAGUCGCAGACCCUCUCGGACCCGCCUGACCCGCCACCAUGGCCCGCGGAAAGGCCAAGGAGGAGGGCAGCUGGAAGAAAUUCAUCUGGAACUCGGAGAAGAAGGAGUUCCUGGGCAGGACCGGCGGCAGCUGGUUUAAGAUCCUCCUCUUCUACGUGAUCUUCUAUGGCUGCCUAGCUGGCAUCUUCAUCGGCACCAUCCAGGUGAUGCUGCUCACCAUCAGCGAGUUCAAGCCCACCUACCAGGACCGGGUGGCCCCCCCAGGAUUAACACAGCUUCCUCAGAUCCAAAAGACUGAAAUUUCCUUCCAUCCUAAUGACCCCAAGAGCUAUGAGGUAUAUGUACUGAACAUUGUCAGGUUCCUGGAAAAGUACAAAGAUGCUAACCAGAAGGAUGACAUGAUCUUUGAGGACUGUGGCAAUGUGCCAAGCGAACUCAAAGAACGAGGAGAAUUCAAUAAUGAACAAGGAGAACGGAAAGUCUGCAGGUUCAAGCUAGAUUGGUUGGGUAACUGCUCUGGGUUAAAUGACGAGACUUAUGGCUACAAAGAUGGCAAACCAUGCGUCAUCAUCAAGCUUAACCGAGUUCUGGGAUUCAAACCUAAGCCUCCAAAGAACGAGACAUUGGAGACUUAUUCCAUGAUGAAGUACAGUCCCUACGUCCUGCCUGUCCAGUGCACUGGCAAGCGAGAUGAGGACAAGGAGAAAGUGGGCACUGUGGAGUAUUUUGGGCUGGGGGGCUAUGCUGGCUUCCCGCUGCAGUACUACCCCUACUACGGCAAGCUCCUGCAGCCCAAGUACCUGCAGCCCCUGCUGGCCGUGCAGUUCACCAACCUCACCCUGGACACGGAGAUCCGCAUCGAGUGUAAGGCGUAUGGGGAGAAUAUCGGGUACAGUGAGAAAGACCGUUUCCAGGGACGCUUUGAUGUAAAAAUUGAAGUUAAAAGCUGAUCACAAGCACAGAUCUUUCCCACUAGCCAUUUAAAAUGUUAAAAAAAAAAAAAAAAAGAUAAACCUACUAGUCUUGAACAAACUGUCAUACGUAUGGGACCUACACUUAAUCUAUAUGCUUUACACUAGCUUUCUGCAUUUACUAGGUUAGAAUGUAAAUUUAAAGUGUAGCAAUAGCAACAAAAUAUUUAUUCUACUGUAAAUGACAAAAGAGGAAUAAAAUUGAGCCUUGGGACAUGCCCAUUUUUACUGUAAAUUAUGAUUCCAUAACUGACUCAUAGUAAGCAGUGUUUCCGGCCCCUAAGUAUUGCUGCCUUGUGUGUUUUAUUUAGUGUACAGUACUUGGUGCGCACACUGGUCAUUUUUCAAGCCAUGUUUUAUCAUUAUCUGUUUUCUACUUUAUGUGAGCAAGAUUCGCUGUCCAAGGUGUAAAUAUUUAAUGGGAAUAAAGCUGGCAUGGUACUUUCAUUCUGGUUUGGCUCUUUCAAGACAAUAAUGGCCCAUUCGUGAGCAUUUUUAACACUCCAUAGUCUCUCCCUGUGGUGUUGUCUUUUUUUUUUUUUUUCUUCCUGGGGGUGGGGGUGGGCUGUCAUGGGGAACUGCCCUAUAAAUUUUAAGUGACACUACAGAAAAACCAUGGUAAUGGGUUGUGCUGUGCUUGCUGUUGAGAUCGAGUGCUGUCUUACCAUCUCUCCCUGGUCCUCCAGUGCAAUCCGGAGUGCCCAUCGCCUGGGCUGGCGACAGGGCUGAUUAUUUUGCUUUGUACAUUUUCCUUUCUUUUUUCCUUUCUCUGGAGGCAUCACAUUGCUGGUGCUGUGUCUUUAUGAAUAUUUUAAACCAUUUUCAUGGUGGAAGAAUUUUAUAUUUAUGCAGUUGUACAAUUUUAUUUUUUCUGCAAGAAAAAGUGUAAUGUAUGAAAUAAACCAAAGUCACUUGUUUGAAAAUAAAUAUUUUGGACUUUAUAAAAAGCAAUGCAGUACCCCAUAGACUGGUGUUAAGUGUUGUCUACAGUGCAAAAUCCAUGUUCUAACAUAUGUAAUAAUUGCCAGGAGUACAGUGCUCUUGUUGAUCUUGUAUUCAGUCAGGUUUAAACAAUGGACAAUAAAAGAAUGAACACA